AUGUCUGGGCAUGCCAAGUUGUAUAAGAUUAGGAAUGAAGUUAUUCGGGAUAAGGUGGGAGUGGCCCCCUUGGAGGAUAAGAUGGGGGAGGCGAGGUUGAGAUGGUUCGAGCAUAUUAAGAGGAGAAGCAUAGAAUCCCUAGCGAGGAGGUGUGAGACAUUAACCUUGGUGGGUAUGAGGAGCGGUAGAGGUAGGCCAAAGAAGUCUUGGGGAGAGGUGAUUAGGCGGGAUAUGGCGCAGCUGGAGCUUAUUGAGGACACGACUCUUGAUAGGAAGUCAGCACCUCUACACGUUGACAAUGAUUUCGGCCACCACGGCGAAAAUGGUAACAUAGCACCUAGGAACAAUGUACCCCUGGUUGGCCUUGAUGGAGUUACAGCUAUAGAUCCAAUCGACGUCAGCUCACAUGUAGCUAUCAACGGAAAUUUGUCGUCGAUCCCGAAGGCAGCGUCCGUGGGGAUGUUUGAUCAACCGCUCAAAGAGCACGUGGCAGUGAAGAUGGCGGGAUCAUCCUGCGGGUGA